AUGGAUAUCGACAACCCGCCUUUGUCGAGUCCCGGCGGCGAGUCGACCCCCACCAUUGACAGACGCAAGUCUGGUCGACAAACGCGACGACCGGAAGCCUUCUCGCAAAGCACAUUUUCUGCCGAAGAGCAAGCCAGCGGAAAGCGCAAGAGAGACGAGGCUCGCGACGAUGACGAGGAAGACGCGUCAGAGUCAGACAGCGACGAUGCUGGUGACGACGAGACGGAUGAAGAGGAAUUACGAGAAAAGCGACGCGCUGCCCGUCGCAAUGGGACCAAGAAGCCGUCAAACCAAAAAUCAAAGUCCAAGGGAUCACACGCAUCAAAGAAACCUAAGGUUACCAAUGGAUUAGGCCGACAGCUUGCAUUCAGACCCGCGACUACCGGUCGGUUUCCGGCUGCUCGUUCCCGUAAACCUAAGGUUCGACCUAGUCUUGCAGCGGGUGAACGUGGAUUAUUCGGUGAGUGGCUUCUCCUCGUGUGCGGACGAUCAUCUUUGUGGCUAACCAUCAACAUAGCGGAGGUCUUUGGAAAAAGCAACAAUGCGGACACAGUAGCCGCUCAAUGGCUUUCCCAAUACCAACGCAACAACGGAGACGCAAUGUGCAACCUCGUCAACUUUAUUCUACGAUGCACCGGAACCGAUCUUGAAAUUGACACUGCCGAAGUGGAAGAUGUCGACAAUGCCCCGACCCGUAUCCAAGAUCUUCAAACAUUAUAUCAAGCAGAGGGGAUCACUGAGUACCCUCUUAUCUCGAAGGCAAAGAAAUUCAAGGCUUUCUCCGUCCUUCUUGAAGAAUUCACUGUCGCAUUGAUUCAAACCUUCCAUGCGUCUUCGGUCCUAUACACCGAUGAAAACCUGUUCGAGAACAUCCAGAUCUGGAUCUCAUCUUUGUCGACAUCGAAAUGCCGUCCAUUCCGUCAUACGGCGACUAUGAUCUCCCUUGCAAUUAUGAACGCCCUUUGUGAUAUUGCGCGUGAGGUUACAACAAGUGUAUCCACCUCUAGAAAGCAACUCGAAAGCGAGAAGAAGAAGAAGACCGUGAACAAAGGUCGCGUGGAGGCAAUUCAGACCGCCGUAUCCGAAGGCGAGCAGAAGGUGGAGAAACUAGACGAGUUCCUGCAAGAUGGGUUUGACACUGUCUUUGUCCAUCGGUAUCGAGAUGUCGACAGUCAGAUCCGCGCGGAGUGUCUGACAGCCCUCGGUGGGUGGAUCCGUACCUACCGCGAGAUUUUCUUUGAGGGCCAGUAUCUGCGAUACCUGGGAUGGACACUUGCAGAUGUUGUCGCACAGACCAGGUUGGUUGCACUGACAGAGCUUUUGUCACUCUACGAAAACCGGGACAACAUUGCUGGGUUGCACUCAUUCACUGAACGGUUCCGCCAACGAAUCGUGGAGAUUGCCGUCCAGGAUGCCGAUGUUUCUGUUCGUGUGGCUGCCGUUGAGCUUCUUAACCACCUUCGCGAGGGUGGUUUACUUGAGUCAAACGAUAUCGACUCUGUCGGCCGCUUGGUGUUUGAUAUGGACCCUCAAAUUCGGAAAACAGCAGGACGAUUCUUCGUAGCUAAUGUGCAGGACGCAUAUGAGUCAAUCACAGAGGAAGUGGGAGAAGAAAUCGGCGAACUGCUAGCUGAUGAUGACGAGGAUGACUACGAAUCGCCCAAGCACUCAUGGAUCAAGUUCAAAUGCCUCACUGAUUUGUUCCAAGCUUAUGAUGAAGCACAGAGUGAACAACAGUCAGAGCCAAUGUCCCGUAAUACACUACUGGGCGUGCCGAUCGAGUCUCGCUUUGCACUCGCGACGGAGGCUGUUUACCCUCAUAUGGAAGAGCUUGCACAGUGGCCAUCCUUGGCUGGUUAUCUACUUUACGAUCACUCCCAGAUCACCGAUGAACCUUCUGAGGACGAUACAGCAGGAGUGGUGAAGAAUCUUUACAAGAUCCAGGAGGGUCAGGAAUCGAUUCUUCUUGAACUGCUUUGUGCUAUCGUCAAGCUUCGCGUUCUUGAUGUAUCCAAGUCCGAUAUUGACAAGCGUGGUCGCAAAGUCAAAGCUUUGACUGCUAAGAUAUCUGAGCUCCAAGAAGAAAUAUCCCACAACCUGGCCCAGAUCAUCCCCCGCCUUCUCAACAAAUUCGGCUCUUCGCCCGAGGCAGCUUCUGCCGUCUUGCGGCUGGAACAUCUCGUGGAUCUGGACUCGAUUCAAGAUCUUCAGAAGGAUGCCACGGCCUAUUCAUCAUUACUCAAUGACAUCAACAAGCAAUUCCUGACUCAUUCGGACCAAGACGUUCUGGCCGAGGCCAGUGUCGCAUUUUUACACGCCAAGAGUUCAGAGGAGAUGCGGGAAGCACUUGAAAGCAAGGUGCAGGAGCUUUGGGAAGACAUGGUGGAAACACUUAGCGCGCUAUCUCGAAAGAAGAGUGUCCUGGAGGGUGCCACAAUUACUGAUCCUACACUCACUGAUUUGAGCAACACUGUUUCUCGAAUUGCCAACCUUGCGGGAAUUACAGACUGCGCCACCAUCCUCGAGACCAUCCCCAACGCACGGUCAAAGUCGAAGAAGGACCACCCGGAGGCUCCUUUCAAUGCCCUCAUCCGUCUCGCUGAACGCGGAUCACACGCUGAAGAUGAAGAUGCAGAUGUUGCUAAAUCAGAGGCUGAAUUGGUGUCAUGCAGUAUCAGAGCGUUGCUUUUCUAUUUCAUGUGGAAGGUGCAGGCACUAUCCACAGCACUUGACGACGGAAAAGCCAAUCACAACACUUCUUACUUUGAGGCACUCACCAAGAGCCGCGAGACUUUUGCCACAACACUUGUGAAUAUCAUCAAAACGCGCUCUGGGCUCGAUGAUGUCCGGUUCUUAGCAUGCACCACAUACCUCGACUUGCAGACAUUGUUCAGCACAUUGCGCAAUGUCGGUCACAGCAAUGGCAACGACGAAGACGUUCUCCUCCAAACUCAAAGCCUGGUACAUGAAAUCGCAGCUGAGCCCGAGACACUCAUUACCAAAAUCCACAGCAUCGCCGAACGCACAGCAGCCAAGAAACUUGGAGUCAAUCUCGAUCCCGCGGAAGACGACGAUCCAGCUUCUGAAGACGAACCCGAAGACGAAGACGAAGCCAGCGACUCCGAGGACGAGGAGGUAGUCAACGAGCGUCUCCGCAGCAGCAUUAUGGCCGAACAGCGCCUCUGCGAACUGACAGGCAAGCUGGUCCUCGCCAUCAUCGCGCGCGUCAUUGACGCUUCCGGCUCAAAGCGCGGCUCUCUCAAGAAACGGCUCCUUCGCAACAAAACCGCCCUCGGACACAAUUAUCGCGAAGUGCUGUCAUAUCUCGAGGAGCGCAAGCCGCGUAGUGCCCCGCGCAACAAGGGGAAACAGGCCGCCAAGACAACCAGCUCUCCUUCGAAGGAACCCAAGUCUGCAGAGCAGAUUGAUGAUGAGGAUGACAAUGCGCCUGUGGAAGAGGACGACGAGGAUGAUUUGCGUGCGCGUGGUCUUGUCGAGGAGGAUAUUGACCAACAAAAUGAGGAGAAUGGGGAUCUUGAAUCACCCGCGCCCGAGCCGGACGAGGAUGAGGUGAUGGGCGACUGA